AGAGAGAGAGAGAGAGAGAGAGAGAGAGAGAGAGAGAGCACAGGGGACAGGGGUAAGAGAGAUGAGCGAUAACGCGGGACUGCUGUAGGUUCUCACCGGACGGACUGAGCAGGUCCCAGUAUUCCAGCCCCGACACCAAGGACACUCACGUUACCCACCAGGACGCGCGCGAGUGAGUUUCCUAACGUGACUGUACACUAACUCACAUGCCGUGUGUUCCGCGACCUCUGCUACAGCUAUACACUCUUUCGGUCUGUGCGCUUUUUAGCCUCAUAAACCGAGAUCCUUUAGAUUUCUUCUAAAAAGCGUGUUUGACGCUUACCAGUUAAGGUUUCUUCGGGUUGUUUGGAACAUAAACAGACAUGGACAUAUCGGACACAUCGGACACACCGGCUUGGAUCGGAACACGGCACCGAAGAUCAAGUCAAAGCUCCACAAGCUUUGGGAAUAUGAGAAGACGCACUCGUCUCUCUAUCCGGAUGAACAGUUUGCUCGCCAUCGCUAUAUUCUGCACGAACGUGCUGUGUGUGCAGUCUUCUUCUCUGCACUUUUCCAAAGAGCCCCAGUCUCAGGAUGCGCUGCAUGGUCGUAGCGCGAUUUUGCGCUGUGAGGUCAGUGAGGUGGCUGACGUGCAAUACUCAUGGCUGCAGAACGGUCAGACAGUGCAGGACUCAGAGCGACGAUUCAUGGAGCACGGAAACCUCAAAUUUACUGCAGUAGAUCGCCAUCUUGACACAGGAAACUUCCAAUGUGUAGCCAAAAGCUUGAUAUCUGACGAUGUGGCCAGGUCCAUGAACGCCUCCUUCAACAUCAAGUGGCUCGACAGCGGCCCGGUGACUUUGAAACAACCCGCCUCUGUGGAUGAGAUCGAUGAUGCUGAACAAAUUGUAUUAGAGUGCCAGAUUAAUGGACACCCAAGGCCGAACAUUAAGUGGUACAAAGAUGGAGUAUUGCUAACGGUAAAGGAUAGAAACCUCACUCUGGGAAAUCCUGUCCCUGGACAGUCAGGCACAUAUAGCUGCUGUGCACGCAACGGAGCCGUACAACUCUGCGACAACUCCAACUUCACACUUAAAAUUAUAGAUAAGACGAUUCCUCGUGUGAUGGUGGCUCCAAAGGAUCAGGUGGUGUUCAGGAACGAAGAGGCCGUGUUUCACUGCCAGUUCUUUGCCAAACCUAUGCCUGUAAUCGAGUGGUUCCAUGAAUCAGAGCCGGCAGUCAACAAGUCACGGGUUGUAGUGUAUGAUAAUGGCACGCUGCGCAUCACUCAGGUGAAACCUCGGAAUACAGGCCGCUACACUUGUGCAGUUCACUAUGGAACUGAUAAGCAAGUGCAGGUAGAAGCCACUCUGCACAUUGCAGACAUUGAAGAUAUGGGAGACAAACUUUAUAAAUUCUUUUCUGCUAACAAUGUGGAACAGAUACUUUGUUCCCCACCACGGGGUCACCCUGAGCCUGAGGUGUGGUGGGAGAAGGAUGGUCUCAGAGUGCCCAGCAACGGUCGGGUGCACCAAAAGCAAGGAGAACUGAUAUUUAAUCCUAUUGUGGUUGGAGACUCAGGAACGUACUUGUGUAUGGCGAAGAAUAAAGCGGGUCAGAAAAGGCAGGAAGUCAGCGUCACAGUGUCGGGUCCCCCAGAAUGGGUUACUAGACCCCAGGACACUGAGAUGGAGGAGGGGCAGCCUGGGUACCUGCACUGCCAAGCUCAGGCCACGCCCCCUGCCCAGGUCAUCUGGUACCGAAACUUACAGGAGAUCAGUGAGGAGAAAUCUCAGUUUAAACUCUUUCCGAAUGGGACUUUAAGGAUAAACAGUGUGGAAGUAUAUGAUGGAGUGGUCUAUAACUGCAUUUGCAAAACUGCAGGUGGUAUCCUAAACGGACAGGCCAAGGUCAACGUACUUGAGAAGCUGAAGUUCACCCCACCUCCCCAGUCCCCUCAGUGUCUGCAGCUGGAUAAAGAAGCCAGUGUUCAAUGCUCUGCUACGGGUCGAAAGGCUCCCACAAUACACUGGACCAAAGCAGAUGGUAGUGCUAUCCCUUCACUUGCAAAGCAAAUCAAUGGAACUCUGCAUUUUGAGAAAGUGAGACGGACCGAUGCGGGGAAUUACACUUGCAUAGCCAGUAACCGUCCACAGGGAGAGAUCAGAGCCUACGUCUCUCUCACUGUAGGAGUGUAUACCGAGUUCAAGGUGGAACCGGAGUACACUACAGUGUAUAAGGGUCACACAGCAACACUGCACUGCCAGGCUACUGGAGACCCACAGCCCUACAUCCAGUGGAUAGUCAAAGACAAGCCAUUGUCACUCAGCAGCAGCAGAUUUCAAGAGAUGCCCAAUGGUUCCCUUAUCAUCAACGAUGUCACUACUGCUGAUGCAGGGAAGUACACUUGCAUCGCUGGCAACAGCUGUGGCAUCAGACAUCGAGUUGCAGAGCUCUACGUCGUAGAGAAACCAAAGCCUGGUCGAGACAGUGACGAAGGGAAAACACCAUAUAAGAUGAUCCAAACAAUUGGCCUGUCUGUGGGGGCAGCUGUUGCCUACAUCAUCGCCGUACUUGGCCUCAUGUUCUACUGCAAGAAAAGACGCAAUGCCAAGAGACUGCAGAAGGGACAGGAUGGUGAAGAGCCGGAGAUGGAGUGUCUUAAUGGAGGUGCUAUGCAGCACAACGGCCAAACUACAGCUGAGAUCCAGGAAGAAGUGGCUCUUACUAACCUAGAGACUGUAUCUACAGCUGAAAAACAGCACAGCAACACAGACAAGUUCCACUUUCCCAGAGCAGACUUGCAGACCAUUACUACACUAGGCAAAGGGGAGUUUGGUGAGGUGUUCUUGGCCAAAGCGCGGGGGAUAGAGGAGAGUGAAGAACAGACUGUGGUUCUGGUGAAAAGUCUGCUGAGCAGAGACGAGCUCUCACAGGCUGAGUUCAGGCGGCAGGUCGAUAUGUUCAGUAAACUGAAUCACACCAACGUGGUGCGCAUACUUGGCCUCUGCAAGGACACAGAACCCCUUUACAUGAUCCUGGAAUAUAUAGACCUGGGUGAUCUCAAACAGUUCUUGAGGAUAUCGAAAAGUAAAGAUGAGAAAGUCAAGCCGCAGCCUAUCAGUACCAAAACCAAAGUGUCCAUCUGUGCCCAAGUGGCUGCUGGGAUGGAGCACUUGUCCAACCACCAUUUUGUCCAUAAAGACCUGGCAGCUCGGAACUGCCUAAUUAGCGGAGAGAGACAUGUCAAAGUUUCUGCACUUGGCCUGAGCAAAGACGUCUACAACAGUGAGUAUUACCAGCACAGGCAGAGUUUGAUCCCUUUGCGCUGGCUACCUGCAGAGUCUGUCUUUGAAAAUGAUUAUUCCACCAAAUCUGAUGUGUGGGCUUUUGGUGUGCUGAUGUGGGAAGUGUUCAGCCAUGGUGAGAUGCCAUAUGCAACACUGAGCCAUGAGGACAUACUCGAAGGUCUUCAAGCAGGAACGUUGAAGCUAUCUGCUCCUGAGGCAUGUCCUUCUAAAGUCUACAAACUGAUGAGCCGUUGCUGGGAUCCCAGUCCCAAAGAGCGGCCAUCUUUUAGUGAGCUAAUACAGGCUCUGGGAGAAAUUCCGUUGGACAGCAAAGUGUGAGGACUACAUCUGCUCCUACUUCCACCUGGUUUAUGGAGCCAUGCCUUUCCUGUUCUGCUCUGCUACAAUCACAGACUCUCUCAGACUGGGUCCCACACAUUUCAGGGAGCAAGUGUGCAUGAGGGAAAAAACAGGGACGUUGAUAUCAGGGCAAUGUGUGUGUGUACAGUGUGUGUGUGUGUGUGUGUGUGUGUGUGUGUGUGUGUGUGUGUGUGUGUGUGUGUGUGUGUGUGUGUGUGUGUGUGUGUGUGUGUGAGUUUGAAGACUCCAGAAACUUCUAUCUGCCUUAACCAUGGCAUUAAAAUGCUGUUGAUCAUUAAAUUUCAAUGGCUUAUUUAUGCUUUUAAUGUUCAGCUCUGUCUCUUUUCCACCCUGAGAUCUCCUUGUUUAUUUCUGAAGCCUCAGUCAAUGUUCAAGAGGUAUGAUCUUUUAACUUGAUCUUUUACCUCUGCUGGCGCAGGACAAUCCAGCCCCAAUUGGGGCAAAACCCACGCUGUGGCUCCUGAAAAUAAUGCUGGACUCUGCAUUUGAUGCUCAGCUAUUGGACUUGAAGUUAUUGUGUGUAUCGUUGUGUGUACGAAUGUGUGUAUUUGUGUGUCCUUGUGUGUGCUUUUUUAAUUUUGCAGUGUGGAUUGUUGGGCAAGUCAAACAGAGCAAAGUUUGCCAUGUAGGGAGAUUAUGUCUGUUAUGGCUCGAAGCUCCAGAAUAAAUGAAUACUUCUAGUAUAUGUUUUGUACACAUGGAAGGGCAAGGAGAGUUAGAGAUGUUUUAUUACAAUUGUACUUUUUUAUUUUUUUAAUUGUUGCCUUUUUUACCUUGUGGUGCUCAUAUGGGACAAUAAUAUUUUGAUGGAGAGAACUUGCAAUACAUCUUAUUGCCUACAAGCCUAAAGCCAUGAUGAACAAUGUAUUCAAGAUUUCUGCAUAGCGAUAUUUAUAACCACCUCACUGUAUUACUGCUUGGCAAAGUCCCUGUUACGUUCACUUAUACCAACACCAUGCACUAAUUUCACUUAAACUCUUGUUUUAUAUGUUUAUUUCAGUGUAGAAGGAUGUACGUGAGCCUUUAUUAUGAUGAAGGCUCUCUUUUUUUAUAUAUAUGUUUUUAAUGGAAAGGUACUCUGAGAUCCUUUUAUUCGAUUAUGUACUUCACUCAUUAUGACAUCUCAUUUUGCAGUUUGGAAAGUGUUGUAGGGCAGCUGAGAGUUUCAGUGGUCACCAUCAAUAUUAAUGGCCACAAGUGCCUAAGACAUGAAGGAUUAUAGUCAACUUAGUUUUCAGUUUAUUUUCAGUACUGUUGCUUUGUUUUUUAAUGAUCUGUUUUAUAUCUAAUCUUUUCAUAUAUUAUAAAGAGUAUUUACUGUUGGUUUGUUUUAUUUCUCUGAAUAAACACAUGGUCCUUGUCUUUGUAAUAAUUACAUGCUAGGCACUCACACAUAAAAGUGUUUUGUUAGUCUACUUUAGCAAAGGUCAAAAUAAUCACAAUGUAUGCUGCUCACAUUAAACAUUUAUGUUUGUAACAACAA